AUGGUCAAUCCCGCCCGGUCAAACACCCGUAGUAACAACGAUGACAAUGCUUCAGCCGUAGACACUCCUUCCAAUGCUGUAGGCGCUGCAAUCACUUUGAUCGAUCACGACUCAGCAGCAGAAGCACCGCAUCAUACCAUCUCGAGCAACAGCGACAGCAGCGAUGAUGAUGAUGAUGACGACGACGAUGAUGAUGACACCAGCACCAACGUCGGCAGCUUUACCGAUCGCACACAAGACGUAGCGGCAGACGCCAAGUCAAUAAGCUCCCGACACAUACGUGCCGACCAGUACGAUAAAGACGCCGAUGGAGACGACAAUGAUGCGAGCGACGACGACACCAGGACGCUGCAGGCAGGUGACUCCAACUAUUCGGAAACAGAUCUAAAGCGGGGAGCAUCGUACCAAUCGACCCACGAUCUGGAGGCCUCGAAUCCAACUACACAGGCUCGCGGUCUGCAUCAAGCCGCAGAUGAAGAUCUCGAUGAUGAGUACGAAACGCAUGCAUCGCUACUCGGUUCUGCUGGUUUUGUCGACCGUCGUGGAACCGCUUCUCGUCUCGCCGCCCGUUCUGCCUUUUCUCGAUUCUGGGAGAUCGCCCGGGAAGCUUUGCCAACGCUGAUCGUCUCGGUGCUCUCGCUCAUGUUCUCGGGAGAACUUCUGGUCCAUCUAGCACGCUGGCCUGUCUUUCAAAAGGUCGACAAGCUCUUCAUCUUGAUCCCCAUCCUACUCAACAUGAAGGGCAACCUCGAGAUGAACCUGUCGCUCCGCAUGUCCACCUCUGCUAACAUUGGCGAACUCGAUGUGAGGAGGACCAGGGAGACGCUCAUCCGGGGCAAUCUGGCGCUGUUGCAGGUGCAAGCGCUUAUCGUGUCCAUGUUUGCCGGCGUGCUCGCUUUCGUGUUGGGUGUCGUGACGCCUGAUCCACAGGUCGAGGUACCUGUAGCACCUGUGCCAGCCACACCACAGGGACAGACGCCGGAAAAUGCGUUGAUACAGGGCAUCGUUCGCAGCGCGUUUUCAGCCGUCACCCUGCGCAACCGUCGUCGAUCCAUGGCCAGCGCGGGUGCAACACAAGCGGGGUCAUGGCUGCAGAAGCGACGCAUCAUUCACCACCAUCCCAAACCACCCACGGACCCUGCACUUCGUCUGCGCAACGGAUACUUUGAGUUCGUCCUCGUCAUUGCAACGGGCAUGCUCUCGGCUUCACUCUCGUCGGCGGUGCUCGGAUCCUUCAUGUGUGCGCUUGUCGUCAUCGCUCGACGCGCCGGCGCCAACCCCGAUAACAUCGCUUCGCCAUUAGCUGCUUCGCUGGGCGAUCUCACCACGCUCACCCUGCUUGGACUGCUUGCCUCGUCGCUGGUGCACUUCGAAGGCACUUUUCUGGCGACGGUCAUCCUCGCUGCUAUGGCAGUCGCGUGCAUCGCGUCGUUCAUCGUCACCUACCGCAACGCGUACGUCAGGGAGCUGCUCACGUCGGGCUGGGUGCCGCUGUUGAUGGCCAUGUUCAUCUCGUCCGGUGCCGGGUUGGUGCUGGACAAUUUUGUCGGGAGGUACGAAGGUUUUGCACUGCUGGCGCCGGUCAUCAGCGGUCUUCCAGGUGCGUGUGCGGCCAUCUUUGCCUCGCGCAUCACCACCGCUCUCCACUCUGGCAAAGGAGCUUCGGUUCUCCGCGCCACUUCGAAGGCCGGAGAGGUCGGUGGGGUUCGAGGCGUGCUCGCUUCGAUGCGCUCCGUGAUGGCCAUGCCUCCGAUCGAAGGCUGGUUGGUGCCCAUGAGCUUGCUCGCAAUGGGUGUAGGGAUCAAAGCGACCUUCAUCGUCUUGAUUCGUGCUACGGGUCAGAUGACGUUCGGUUGGAUCUUUGCCGUCUCCUUUGUUGGUGCGAGCGUUACAGCCAACGUGUUUGCGCUGUACUUGGCGCAUGUCAUCUGCUUGGUCUUGUGGAGCAGGGACUAUGAUCCGGACAUCUACUGUCUGCCUUUCGUGUCGAGCAUCGUCGAUGUGGUGGGCCAGAGUCUGUUGGUCAUGACGUUUACGAUCGCUACGGUGUUGGGCGAUCACAUUACGGCUGCUGUAAAUGCUGGCGCUGGUCACGGAGGCGCUUAA